AUGUCGCGCACUUUCCGCAUACCUACCUCUUCCGAGCCUUUCGAACUCAGCAUUCACGAGCCAUCCAUGACUGGCGACGACUUGGGUCUGAAAACUUGGGCUGCAUCCUAUCUAUUGGCGAAGCGUCUGGUCACAUUCGGGCUGAUUCCUACAGACGCCCAAGAGAGGCUUCAGGUUCUUGAGCUUGGAUCGGGCACUGGAUUAGUAGGGCUUGCCAUGGCUGGCCUAGGUGUAGACGUUGUUCUGACCGACCUACCCAGCAUCUGCCCGAACCUAGCGCACAAUUCAAAGCUGAACCUUGACGUAGUCGCAGGCAAUGGUGGAACAACCCGUACAGCCAUUCUCGACUGGAUGAAUCCUACCUCUUGUGAACCUCUGGAGGACGACAAUACAAUUGGUGAUGCUGGCCCAAUUCCCGCAAAAUUUCCCGUCAUUCUUGCAGCGGAUUCGCUGUACUCUCCCGAUCAUCCACGCAUGUUGGUCGAUACUAUCGCUAUUUGGCUCUCUGAGGAUUCCAAUGCCAAGGUCAUUGUCGAGUUUCCGUAUAGAGAUGCCUAUCUGCCUGAGAUCAAGGACUUUCGCCGCCGCAUGCUCGAGAUAGGUCUGGAGAUAGUGGAAGAAGGCGAAGAGAAGGGAUUCGAUGACUGGGGCAUGUCCGGUGACAGCGAGGACCAAGACGAUGCAUCACUCGUGACCUGUUGGUGGUCGUGCUGGGCAAGGAAAAUUUCGAAUACUGGCUGAAAUACCAACGCUCAAUUCCGUACAUUACCCUCUCAAAUUACCGGUUAUGGUAGGCUAAGGCCACGCGGUGAAGACCCCCACGCACUGGACACGCGACAUCUGGCAUGGUCAGUCGCAUAGACACGGCGACCCAUAGCGACCAGUGACUCGGAGCAAGACCGAGAUAUCCACUAUGAGCUUCCAAGAACAGUCAUGUAAGCGCCGGAUAAUUUGUACGGAUAAUUUGAAUGCAUCCAGACUCCCGCCUUUGGUGGAGGGGCAGCCUCCUAACCAGGCCGGGAUAGCUAGCCGCGAAGCUGUAGCUUGGGAUCCACCUUUUACUUCG